CUUUUUGCGAACCAAAGGCUUUAGUGCCCUAGGAACCUGCAAGGCCAAACCGAGUUAUUUACCUCAUAAGCAUCCACAAGUUCUCUGCUUUCCCUUCAACUUCCCAUGGAUCGCCCAUCUGCCGGGCUGCGACGGCGCACCACGGCGGAUGCGGGUGACUUGAGAGAUUCCGUAGCUGCACCGCCGCCUCAAGAGCUGCGUCACCCGAGGAAACGCAAAGGGUUCGCAGUUUCCAAGAUGAAGAAACCGUCGAAGGUCUCCUCUUCGUCUACAUCGAUGGCUUCAUCCACUACAGAACAUCAUCAGGGAAGACAAAACAGGAACCUUAAUUGUAUGCUCGAAGACGAUUUCCUGGACCUUGCUCUUUCGCUGGGCAUGUCCUUUGCUGCUGUUAUUUCCCAGGUUUUGUGUGGAAAAAUUGUCUCUCGGGAUCAGUUACCAGCAGAAAAUCUCUCCAUGAUCUGUACUUCAGCUGUAAAGGAGUCCGUAUCCAACAUACAUGGUGAUAAAUUUGAUUCUUUUAUGAGAAACUUUGAGAGAUCAUUUGACAGCACAUUAAAGACAUUGCUAGUUUUUAACAAGGCUUCUACUUCAAGUCAAAAAAAUAAAUUGAGAGAGGAAAGACCUCUUACUGUAGGAAAUAAAUUGAUCAACGAAUCAAAUAAUGAUGAACAGGAAAACAGAUCAUACAGUUCUUUGGGAGUUAGUAGCUGUGAGAUUGAGCAGAUACCUUGUUCUCUUGAUCCCCUCAGUUGUGAAGAACAUUUGGGAGAAGAUGAAGCAGUCAGUUCAACAAACCAGCUUGCUCUUCGCAUCGAAUCCAAUCAAGAGCUGGUUCGAGCUUCUCAUAAUUUUAUUGCUGGCGGUUUUAGUAAAUCUAUGUUGACCACCUUUGAGAAAUCAGUUACAGAACAUACUAGAUCCAAUGACCUGAAGGAAGUUGAGAUAGGUUUGACUAUGAGAAAGUUGCAGAUGAAGCAAUCUCAGUUAGAGAUGAGUUCUUAUGCAAAUUGGUUGGAGAAGGUAAAGAUUUGCAUGAAUAUGUCUAAAGCUUCUUUCAAAGAGGACAAACUAAGGAAUCAGAUGCAGGAGACAAGGCAUGCAGAACUCAGAAGAAAUUGCAUAGACCUUCUUGUGAGUGGCUUGAUUCUCAUGUGUGCUUUCCUAAUUUAUGGAGCAUCAAUCUUUUCAUACCAGCGGAUCACAGAGGCAACAUCAUCCUGCAGCACUGUGUCGAGAGGGACCAAGUCCUGGUGGAUGCCUAAACAAAUGGCUUCUGUCAGUUCAGGUUGGCAAGUUCUCAGAUGCCACGCAGUGGUCAUAACCAGGAUGCUUUUUGGUUUGUUGAUGAUUGUCGUUAUCGCCUAUUCGCUUCUCCAACGAUCCGCCAUUUCAGGCUCUACAAUGCCAAUCACCUCCAUUCUCUUGCUCCUAGGUGUUGCUUGUGGCAUUGCAGGGAAGCUCUGCGUGGACUCACUGGGAGGAAGUGGAUAUCACUGGGUUAUUUACUGGGAAGCUCUCUGUUUGCUUCAUCUUUUUGCUAAUAUCUUUCCAUCGAUCUUGUACUUUGUUCUUUAUGGUCCUGUUUUAGUAGCCAAAAGGGAAAAACCAGUUUGGCUACCGUAUUGGAUCAGGCGAUACACAUUUUAUGGGAUAUUGCUUUUGGUUCUUCCAACAAUGGCUGGUCUGUUGCCCUUCACAUCUCUGAUUGACUGGAAAGAUCACUUCACUGAAAAGAUAAUGGCUUUGAUUUCAAAGGCUGAGCAGAAAAGCUGAGGGAAGAGUUCAGCUGUUGUUUAGCUAUAUUUCGACUAUUUCAUCAGCUGGUCAGUUAGUAGGUUUAGGUUUCGUUUGGGACGGUUUUUUUGCUGCUUUUUAAAGCAGUUUUUAGUUUAAAAUUUUUAACUUUUGUAUUAAAAAGUUACUUUAAGAAGCAGGAGGAAAGCUGUCCCAAAUGAAACCUUAAUUGCUACCAUAACCUGAUCGUCUCGGCAAGCUGGGGCGAGUUGAUUGAUCCAGAAAGGUGGUUUUUUUUUUGUCUUUGCUGCCCUGGUUAUCCACCCAGGUGCAGGAUCUUCAGUGCAUUUCAGCAUAAUUGGAGCCAUUGUUGCAGUAUAAGCUUGAUCGUUAGUGUGACAUAUCUAUGUUUUCUUAUUCUGCUUGAAAGCAUUUUGUAAAUUUUCGUUAAGAUUAUUGAGGGUGAUUUAAGUUAUGUUAUUUUCUUGUUAUC